AUGCCAUCCACCAACCCUCCCAGCGUGGAGAUCGCCUACAAGCGCAAAUGCAUCGCACUGAAGAAGCGCCUCAACGAGGUGGAGGCCGAGAACGAGCUCAUGCGCGUCCGUAACCACCGCGGCCGCCAAUACAUCCAGAAAAUGCGCCUCGAGUCGUGCAUCCUGCUCGAGCGCCUGGCCAGCGUCACCGGCAUGGCCGAGGAGGCCCAGGCCGGCGUGCAUCCUGAGCUGCAUGCCCGCGCCGCCGCCAUGGUGUCCAACGUCAAGGCCCUGAAUGAGAUCGCCGGCGAGAAGCGCCACGCCGCCGCCGCCUACUACGAGGACGAGACGGAGGGGAGCUCCGAGGAGCAGCCGCCGACGGCACUAACAGAGUGUUGUGAGGAAAAGCCCCAGGAACGCCCUCUCCGUGCCAAACGCUCCCGCAAAUCCAACAUCAACCCCGAUGUCGCCGGCGAUGAUGACCUCGCCGCGUCCGCUAGCAACGCCCCCGGCACCCCCGGCGGUGCGGCAGCCCCGGGCUCUCUGCCCCGGUUAGCCCCCGCUCCGUCGCAGGAUGAGAUGACCUCGUCCUUCCGCAUCCAGGGCGACCACCCACCCGCGAACGGGUCGAAUGCCAGCGAACGUGGUAGUCAGAAUCCGGAAUCUGGCCCGGGGGAACGCGCGGCAGAUGCGUCUGCGGAGCCGACUACGCCGAUGGAUAUGGAUGCCAAAGAACCAAAAGAGGAGAGCCAGGGGUGA